CGACGCGACGGCGAACCCCAAGGUUCGGCAUAUAAAUGUUUAUUCGUUCAUCGAUCGUCAGUAACGGCUCCUUCGGCCAUCUCUCGUUCAAGCAUGACGCAUCGCCGCGCCGAAACAUCUCGAAGCAAUCUCAACGAGUUACGACACACGGUGCACGGCCGUAUCACUGCAGUGUGUUAGAUAUCGAGCUCAAUGACUGUACGCGCGUACAGUGGAACGAUAACAAUCCAGUAGAAGCUCGCGACGAGUACCGUUUCGCAGCACGAUGCCGGCGGCUGGAAAUUGCGCCUUACGAAAAUUCAACGCCGGGAUCGUGUCCGCGUGCGUGAUCGGUCUCGGUUUGUCGUACUACGCGUACGUCGUGGAGACCAAGAAGGAGCAGGACGACUCGUACGAGGCGAUGUGCGACAUCUCCGAGACCGUCACCUGCACGAAAGUGUUUGCGACUGAAUAUGGCAAGGGAUUCGGACUGUUCCCAAAUGAUUCCGUGUUUAACGUCCCAAAUCCUAUAUAUGGUUUAGCAUUUUAUACUCAGUUUGCAGUUUUAAGUAUGAUUAAUAACUACGCCUGUACGGCCACUAUUGUCGUUCUGGGAAUACUAUCUAAUAUUUGUUCGAUAUACUUAAUCCAUAUAUUAUAUCUGUUGAAAUACAUCUGUGUUGUAUGCGUUAGCACGUAUAUUGUAAACGCGGUGAUGACGUAUCUCGCCAUUAAGAAAUUUCGAAAAUUGACCGCAGGUGAUACGUACAAAAAAAAGAUGAAGAAAUCUUAAAGAGAUUAACUACAUUCCUUUUGCGAUCCACUUGAAAAAAUAUAACAAUUUAUUAUAAAUAUAAUAUUAUUUUCUAUUUGCGCAUAGAAUUUAUACAUAAUAUAAAUACAGAUUUUUUAAAUAGAUAAACAUGAAUUCUCAGACACUCGAGUCUCUUUCUCUGUCUCUUUCUUUCCCUAUAACUUGGCUGUGAGGCACUUUUGUCACAUUAUACAAUACAAACAACUCAGUGAAUUUUUCUGCGUUACAGUUUACGUAAACAUUUUAGAUAAAAGGUAUACAGAUAAAAGGUAUAAUAAAGAUAAAUACAAAGGUAUAAAGAUAAACAC